GUUGCGUCCAGGGAGAUCGGCGUUCUCCUUCCGAAGUCCGGGGAAACCCGGCCUCGCUUCGCCGCCCAGAGGCGAAGACCCACUGACCACGCCUCGACCCGCUACGGAUGUCCCUCUGAAAUGAGCCAGGUGGCAAGGAAGAAGGGCGGGAGAAGCCCCGGGCGCGGCGAGCGGCCGGCGGCGGCUGGAAGGCAGCGAGGUAGCGAGUAAACAGAGGGCGCCAGGCCCCGGGCUCGCGGAAACUCGCCCCGGCCGCUCUCCUGUCGGCAGCCUCGUCCAUUUUCGGCGGAGAUGAGCGGCUGGGCAGGGCUGGCCGGGCUCCUCCUGGCCGUGGCUGGAGCUCAGGGGCAGCUGCUGCAGCCGCCGAGGGCAUCGCGGAGUAGCCUUCGCCCUGGCGCCGCGGAACAUGCCGCUCAGUUCGACCACGUCUUCAACGGGACGGUCAACCGAGGCACGGAGCGGCUGUACUCCUUCAACUACACCAGCCAGGCGGGCCAGGCAGAUGCCCUCCGUGUUACCGUGAAGAGCGACUCCAAAGAUGACCAGUACCCUGUCUUGUUCGUAGUUCGGCAGCAAAAAGGGGUGCUGUCCUGGCAGCUCCCUCUCAUUUUUCAUGGGCUUUACCAAAGAAAUUACAACUACACAGAAGUCAGUCGUACACUCUGCCCAUCUGAGUCUGUACCCAUGAAUGGAUCUUCCGAGCAAAUUGUAUUUAUAAAUGUAGCUUCCAUGGCUCCUUAUGAUGCCCACUAUCAGCUGCAAGUUACCAAGAUUAAGAACUUCCAACUUAGCAUGGACACUACUUUUACAUUCACUGCCAGCCCCUCUCAGCCACAGUACUUUUUGUACCAGUUCCCUCCUGAUGUGGAUUCUGUCAUUGUCAGAGUGAUUUCUAAGACAAUCUAUCCCUGCUCUGUGGUCUCCAUCCAAGAUAUUGUGUGUCCAGUUUAUGAUUUGGAUUAUAACGUGGAAUUUAAUGGAGUUUACCAAUCCAUGACAAAGCAGGCAGCCCUCACUGUGCAGAAAAAGGACUUCCCAAGCAAACAGUUUUUUGUUGUAUUUGUCAUAAAGCCAGAGGACUAUACCUGUGGCAGUUCAAUACCACCCUCCAUUCAAGGAAAGACUAACUACACAUGGAACCUUCAACGAAUGAAGCAUCUUGAAAUGACAGUGUUACCUUCAGUUAAAGGCACUGUUUAUAUACAUGCCAUCCUUUUCAGUUUUCUGACUUUCUUCUCCUUCUACCUGGGUGCGCUAGUGGUUGGAUUUGUGCAGUACAUCAGAUUUCAUAGGAAAACAUCAAUAGGAGGACUUAAUGGUGGUCCUGGGACUAUGACUUCUUCUCAUCCUAUCACUGCCAGCACCCCUGAAGGAAGCAGCUAUGGAGCUAUAGAUGAAUCAAACUCCAGUGGAGGUCAAGAAUUAUCAACUCUAGAUCGCCGGCCUCCUUGUGGCAGUGAUACAGACAGCUCAGUGGAAGAGGAGAGUGAUUUUGACACUAUGCCUGAAAUUGAAAGCAACAAGAAUGUAAUCCGCACUAAGAUGUUCCUUUAUCUGUCAGACCUAUCCAGAAAGGAUCGGAGAAUUGUCAGCAAAAAGUAUAAAAUUUAUUUCUGGAACAUCAUCACAAUUGCUGUUUUCUAUGCUUUACCUGUGGUCCAGUUGGUGAUCACAUACCAAACGGUGGUGAAUAUAACUGGAAAUCAGGACAUCUGCUAUUAUAACUUCCUUUGUGCUCAUCCACUGGGAGUCCUGAGUGCUUUCAACAACAUCCUCAGUAACAUUGGCCACAUGCUGCUAGGUAUCCUUUUCCUGUUGAUUGUAUUAUGUAGAGACCUUCUUCAUCGUCGCUCCUUGGAAAUGAAAGAUAUCUGUGCAAUGGAAUAUGGGAUCCCUAAGCAUUUUGGCCUCUUCUAUGCCAUGGGUGUUGCUCUAAUGAUGGAAGGUGUCCUCAGUGCUUGCUACCACGUUUGUCCAAAUUACACUAAUUUCCAGUUUGACACCUCUUUCAUGUAUAUGAUUGCAGGAUUGUGUAUGCUAAAACUAUAUCAGACUCGCCAUCCUGACAUCAACGCCAGUGCUUACUCAGCCUAUGCAUCCUUUGCAGUCGUUAUUUGCCUUGCUGUACUUGGAGUGGUUUUUGGGAAAAAUGUGUGGUUUUGGGUCCUUUUCUCCAUCAUCCAUGUUGUGGCCUCUCUUGGUCUUAGCACCCAGAUUUACUAUAUGGGUCGUUUUAAGAUAGACCUUGGGAUUUUUCGACGCAUAGCUAUAGUAUUGUACACCGAUUAUAUACAACAAUGCAGCCGACCCAUGUACAUGGACAGAAUGAUUUUGCUUGUUGUUGGGAAUCUGGUUAAUUGGUCUUUUGCAAUUUUUGGACUAGUAUAUCGGCCAAGGGAUUUUGCUUCUUACAUGCUGGGCAUUUUUAUCUGCAAUCUUUUGUUAUAUCUUGCCUUUUAUGUCAUCAUGAAGCUACGCAGUUCAGAGAAGUUAUUGCCUUUCCCUCUCUUUUGUAUUGUGGCCACAGCUGUAGUUUGGGCUGCAGCUCUUUAUUUCUUUUUCCAGAACCCCAGUAGCUGGGAGGAAACUCCAGCACAGUCUCGUGAAAAAAACCGACCAUGUAUCCUUCUGGGAUUCUUUGAUGACCAUGAUAUCUGGCACUUCCUCUCAGCUGCUGCCUUGUUCUUUUCAUUCUUGGGCUUGUUGACCCUGGAUGAUGACUUGGAUACUGUGCCACGGAACAAGAUUCCUGUCUUUUGAGCUACAGGAUAAGAACAGUAUUUGAUGCUUCACAGUAAAAUUUGCUAUGUGGAGCAGUCAGAACAGAGCACCAAGUACGCAUUGGAAAGCUUAUUUGAAACAAUUCCCAUAUAGAAAACACUGCAAAAUCAUGUCCUCAACAUCAGCUGGAUCAGAUCUAUAGUAUAAUAAUACAUUAUAUUGAAACUAAUCAAGCUGGGGUGUUCAUAGGCUGAGGCCAUUCUUCACUUUCUUAUAAUGGAUAAGUUUUAUUCCCAGCAUUGUAGUUUCUCAAGUUUGUAAUUUACCAAAUGUACAUGGAAUGAUUGCCCUUUUGGCCACAGUGGUAUUCAAAUGCUUUGAAACUCAAUGAAUUUGGUACUCAAUGGAUUUUUACACAAUUUUUUUAUCCCAAUAUUCAUGUUUGUUUGGUACUCGAUGCACAAGCUAGAACUUGUUGGGGUCAGUUGCCUUGUGACUCACUAUAUUAUUCCUCAUGGGAGAAAUUUGUUUGGCACCCAUUGUGUUUGGUACUCAUCAUGCCUCCCGGAACCAAUUAAUGAUGAGUAUGAAGGUUCCACUGUACUUAUGUUCUGUUGCUUGAUUAGUCAGAAUUACUUUAUGCAAUACUGAAAUAUUGUGGAGAUCCUUAUGUAAACAUUUUGCAACUGUUGCAUUUACUACAUAAAAUUAUAGUAACUCAUUCUUUUUGUACCAGAAGACACAUUGGAGACACCAUCCCUUUUCUUCCUAUAGAUCUUUAGCCAAUGUGAAUAGUGCAACCUGCCUCAUUUUCAGGGGGAGGAUAGUAUCUUGGAAUAUACUUUGUAGAAAACAGACUUUCUCUGCUCAGCUGGAAGAUGCUUUUCCUCUCCAUGAGACUGUCAUAUGCAUUGUAUUAUUUCUUUAAACUUAUGUUUGGUUCUCCGACAGGUAAUCCAGAUGCAGUAUUACAAUGCUACUUACUCUUUCUAGUCAUCUAUCACUAUUGCUAGUAGUGAAUUAUUUUCUGAUAAUCUACAGGCUCUUAUUUGCUGUUCAUUUAAGCUCGUGCAAAAUAACUUAUGUGGGUAAGACAGAAAAGAUCCAAUUGUCUGGGUAAGACAGAAAAAAUCCAAUUGUCUACCUUAUUCCUUAAUCCCAGAAUUAUAUUCAGAGGAUGCUGUAUAGAUGUUUGUGCCACGCUUUGCUAAAUUUAAAUUAAAGCAUGUCUCAGUAUUAUCAACAAGAACUACUUAAAGAUGUUUAUAAACCUUUAAGUAUAUUUGGACGUUUUCUUAAUGAUUGUUUGGCAGCUAAUGACAGCCCAAUUGUCUUAUCAAUUAACUUCGGUU